GAGGAGAGCUUCCACUCUGAUGUCAUUCAUUGGUAAAUUACAGGUUUGACACUCCACCAUCACCACCACCACCACCCGAUUCGCGCGGCCCCGGGCGAGCGCACGUGUACGAACGACGCGAGCCCUAGCACCCGCCCACCCCGCUGGCGAAUGGUUCCCAGAUCGCGCGCGCCAGCCGCGGUUGCGACGCGGGGCCGUGGUGAUUUGGCCGAAUCCGGUGGAAUUCGCCGCCGCGUGGGGUCGGGUGAGUUCCGUCGGGUUCCGUGUGGGGCUGGUGGGACGGGGGUCGGGCGGCCGAAAAUGGCCCCGGGGGUGGUUCUAGGGUUAGGUUUUGCUGCUUUGGCGUGAGGGCAUGGCGGAGGGGAGGCGGAUGAAGGGCGUGGAGGGUGGCGCCGGCGGGGGUGACGGGGAGCAGAGGGAUGAAGACACGCGGGAGGAGCUGGAGCUCGCGCUGUCUUUGGGGCGGCGGGGCUGGCACCUGCCGCCGCGGCAGGAGCCCGCGCCCCGCUCUCUGAACUGGACGGUGGCAUUUUCGGAGUGGAAUCCUGAUGCCGCCGGGAGCUCGCGUUCCGCGGAGAGUGUUCUGGGCCCGCAACCCGUUCCAUCGGUCCGGCUAGGUGGCAUGCUGGAGCGCGUCAUCCUAGAGGGCCCCCAUGCAGGUGGCAGUGCAGAGGCUGGGUGGGAGGACGCGGACGAAGAGGAUGGAGACAGAGACCUGCUGAAUAAGCGGCUUAUAGUACGCAGCUUUGGCGAGGAUAGCCCACAACAUUCUGGUGCCAAUGCUAGCUCUUUUGGCUCCGAAUCACCAUUUUUGCCCGUUUCUCGUGAGCGUGUUCAUUUCAAUCUGUCACGUUGCCCAGAACAUGAAUUGGAAUUUGGCCUGUCACUUUUCCCAAAGGAUGAUGGUAAUGAGAGUUCAAGGGAUGCGAAGAAUGAGAGAGUUAAUCACGCAGAAAAAUCAGGUGGAAGAAAUUCUGAAGAUGUUGGAAUAAGAAUGGAUCUCUCUGAUGAUCUCCUGCACCUGAUUUUCUCUUUUUUGUGUCAGAAGGAUUUAUGCAGAGCAGGUGUUGCCUGCAAACAGUGGCGAUCUGCUAGUAUGCAUGAGGAUUUUUGGAGGUGUUUGAAGUUUGAGAACACCAGGAUAUCUCUGCAGAACUUUGUUGAUAUUUGCCAUCGUUACCAGAAUGUUACAGACCUCAAUUUGUCUGGUAUCAUAAAUGCAGAGGCACUAGUGUUGGAAGCAAUAAUGUUCUUAAGGCAUCUGAAGACGCUAACAAUGGGCAAAGGACAACUGGGAGAAGCGUUUUUUCAAGCUUUGGCUGAGUGCCCAUUAUUGACUACUUUAGCAGUCAGUGAUGCAUCUCUUGGGAGUGGCAUUCAAGAAGUAACUGUUAAUCAUGAUGGAUUGCGCAAACUUCACAUUUUGAAGUGCCGUGCACUCAGAAUAUCUGUCAGAUGUUCCCAACUUCAAAUACUGUCUUUGAAGCGAACUGGCAUGGCUCAUGUGUCGCUCAACUGUCCUCAGUUGCUUGAAUUGGACUUCCAGUCCUGCCAUAAGCUUUCUGACAAUGCAAUCCGUCAAGCUGCUACGGCUUGUCCACUGUUGGCGAAACUAGAUAUGUCAUCUUGCUCUUGUGUUACUGAUGAGACACUGCGUGAAAUAGCUAGUUCAUGUCCAAAUCUUUCUGUUCUUGAUGCAUCCAACUGCCCUAACAUUUCAUUUGAGUCGGUGAGGCUUCCAACGUUGAUAGACUUGAAACUACUAAGUUGCGAAGGAAUCACAUCUGCUUCCAUGGCCGCAAUAUCUUGCAGUCGUCUGCUUGAGGCGUUAAAACUCGAUAAUUGCAGUCUGUUGACAUCAUUGUCUUUGGAUUUGCCACAUCUUAGGAAUAUAAGUCUUGUACACUUACGCAAGUUUGCUGAUUUGAAUUUGCGAAGCCCUGUUCUUUCUUACAUCAAAGUUUCCAGAUGUUCGGCGCUUCAUCGUGCUAGCAUAACAUCAAGUGCUCUUCAGAAAUUGGUGCUUCAAAAACAAGAGAGCCUAUCUAGCUUGUCAUUGCAAUGUCACAACUUGAUUGAUGUGGAUCUUAGUGACUGUGAGUCAUUAACAAAUGCAAUUUGCGAAGUUUUCAGUGAUGGAGGUGGCUGCCCUAUGCUCAGAUCAUUGAUUCUUGACAAUUGUGAGAGUUUGAGCAUGGUGGAACUAAAUAGUAGUUCUUUGGUUGGUCUCUCUCUUGCUGGUUGCUGUUCGAUGACAUUCCUGAGACUCUUGUGCCCAAAUCUGCAAAAUGUGAAUCUUGAUGGCUGUGAUCAUCUUGAGAGUGCGUCAUUGUGUCCGGUUGGCCUUGAAACCCUAAAUCUUGGAAUUUGUCCAAAAUUGAAUGUUCUACACAUCGAGUCCCCAAAUAUGUCUAUAUUGGAGCUGAAGGGUUGUGGUGUGCUUUCCCAGGCUUCCAUCAAUUGCCCUAGCUUGACAUCUUUAGAUGCUUCUUUCUGCAGACAGCUUGUGGAUGAUUCACUGACUUGUACGGCAGAGGCAUGCCCUCUUAUCGAGCAUCUCAUCCUGUCCUCGUGUCUCUCUGUUGGCAUUGAUGGAUUGUCUUCCUUGCAUUGCCUUCAUAAAUUGACCUUGCUUGACCUGUCGUACACAUUUUUGAUCAAUUUGAAGCCUGUUUUUGACAGUUGUCCACAGUUAAAGAUCUUAAAACUUUCAGCCUGCAAGUAUCUGAGUGACUCAUCAUUAGAUGCCCUCUACAGAGAGGGUGCUCUUCCGAUGCUUGUUGAGCUAGAUCUGUCCUACUCAUCCAUCGGACAGACUGCAAUAGAAGGUCUUCUUGCAUGCUGUACAAAUUUGGUUAAUGUGAACUUAAACGGAUGUACAAACUUGCAAGAAUUAGUGUGUGGAUCAGAUGAUUGCAGUCCUGUUGAUAUACCAGUUGACCUUUGCCCUCCUGAUUCUGCACCAGUCAAGAGUGAAGAGAUCAGUGAGCGAUCUGGUUGUCUGCUUGAAGUUCUCAACUGUACUGGAUGUCCAAAUAUUAAGAAAGUUGUUAUUCCUUCAAUGGCAAACUAUCUACAUUUGUCCAAAAUCAAUCUUAAUCUGUCAACAAACUUGAAGGAAGUGGAUUUAACAUGCUCCAAUCUGUACACAUUAAACUUGAGCAACUGUAGCUCACUGGAGGUUCUGAAGCUUGAUUGCCCAAGAUUAACCAACCUCCAGCUUCUGGCAUGCACCAUGUUGCAAGAGGAGGAGCUAGAAUCUGCAAUAUCCCUCUGUAGCACGUUGGAGAUCCUCAAUGUACACUCUUGCCCAAAGAUCAAUGCGCUGGAUUUUGGCAGGCUCCAUGCGGUUUGUCCGCAUCCAGAGCAGUCUCAUCGCAUAAUCUGAAGGCUGCUGCGUUCUAAAUGAGUGCUUGUCAUGCGACAACCUUAGUUAUAUGUCGUCCCUUAUGGACAGGAGUAAUUCUAGUUCAGAUUUGAAAUAACCCCCCCAAAAAAAGCCUUUCAUGGCACUCUUGUACGUAGUACUACAGCAUCGCUAAUAUAUUGCAUGGCAGUGUAUAAUAGGAGCCAGGGUGCAAUGUGAGCAUAUUUCUCCACUUGAUUCUUGUGAGGCAAUAAGUAUCUUAGCUGGAUCUGGAUCAGCGUUGGAACAUGGAACCUUUUAUGCUUGUUUGUUUGUCUGUUGUAUUCCUGGUAAGUGCACCGGUGUAGCAAGCAGAUCUGUACUACUAUGGUUUAUAUGCGUUAAUAAUUGUCUUGCUUGGAUCUGAAUCAGAAAUUACUGGA